AUGUCUGUUUACGAUAGCAAAGCAAAUUAUCAUCCUGUAUCGGCACUGCCAGGAAGUUUACCUACUGGAUCGUACCUUCUUCCUGGAAAUGGCUACUACAGUGUCCAAGGACAAUUACCACGUUUACGAUAUGAUUCUCAAAAGUUCCUCAAUGAUCCUAAAUACGCUUAUUCUCAAAGUUACCGAAUCGAUGCAAUGCAAGCAUUACAGAAUGCAAAAAAAGGCACGAGUUUACCACGAUAUUAUUCUUACUAUCCUCAUUUCGAAUCUGCACGCGAACGAUACAUAUUUGUUCCCAAACAUCUUCCCAAUGAAAACCCAUCCUGCUAUGAACACAAAGGCUUUCAACACUUCAAAGACCUUGCUUCAAAUACGGACGGUUAUCCACUUCGCAGUGUCAAUACAUUACCGCCGAUUGAUUAUGUCACCAUACCAAAACCGGAUGCCAAUGAUGAAACGUACCGUACUUAUCAGCCCCAAAUGCCCUAUGACAUGAUGGUUUUACGCGAUGAAAAUAUGUAUAAAACACCGUAUUCAAAAGAUUGCAUGACACGAAGCCAUUCGUAUGUUUCAAGUACAACAUUAGUACCUCGUGGAAGUUAA